AUGAAAAUGGUAAUGAUUAACUUUCCUUCAGAUCUGAUUUCACAAGUCAAAUUGCUUAGAAGCCGUAAACUAGAGUCCCUGAGUUUCCAACAACAUUAUCUAUACCAAUUCUACACGGAUAUGAAAGAAAUCACGAAACGUUUGGGUGCUGUCGGUGCUACUCGCCUUCCAGGAUGGGGACCGCGUGAUCCUCACUGCGCCUGGUUAGAGACGCUGCAAGAUAUGGCUGCCAACCGAUGUCAGUGGCGUUCUUGUUGUCAGCUGCUAUUCAGGUUGUACGGCAGUGAAGCAUCAGUGUUGAACACUGAUGUCAUGCUGUCGAUGAUGAUGAUGAUGAUGAUACCUAUUCUACUACUUCGUGUUCCACUCAAACGCCAAAUUGUGCGUAAUUAA